AUGGUCACAUCUACUGCAGAGCUGCUUCUGGCCACUCUGACAGAGCUGGAUAAGGAUGUGUUGAAGACAUUUAAAUGGUACCUUAAGCAACCUGAUGGGUUUAUCUCCCAGUUGGACUUCUCUCCCAUCCCAAAAUGCCAGUUAGAGGGUGAAGACAGAGAGGACAUUAUGGACAAGAAGGUGAAGACCUACAGCUUUGUGACCGCUCUGGAUAUCUCACUGAAGAUGAAACGCAACAAUCUAGCUGAGAAUGGAGUCCAAUCAGAAUCGUUUACGUGGUCUACUGACACAGACAAGAAGCAGUUCACAGAGCAACAGCAACAAACAGUCAAGUACAUUAAGAAGAAGAUCAGGGCGAAUCCCUCUCCAGAGAGGUGCAUCAAUCUGUUCCAUUGUCUGAAUGAACUGAAUGAUUAUUCUCUUGUGGAUGAGAUCCAAAGCUACCUGAGCUCAGGGAAACUCUCCAGAGAAGAACUCUCACCUGCCCAGUGGUCAGCUCUGGUCUUUGUGUUGUUGACAUCAGAAGAGGACUUGGAUGUGUUUGAACUCAAGAAAUACUCCAGAUCAGAGGAAGGUCUGCUAAAGCUGCUGCCUUUGGUCAAAGCUUCUAGAACUGCGAGGCUGUCAGGCUGCCUGAUCACAGAUGAGGGCUGUGUUUCUCUCGACACAGCUCUGAGGUCAACCCCCUCACACCUGAGAGAGCUGGAUCUGAGCUACAAUCACCUAGGAGACACAGGAGUGAGACUGCUUUCUGCUGGACUGGAGGAUCCACACUUGACACUGGAGAAAAUCAAGUAUGUAGAGGAUGCUUGUGAGCUCACACUGGACCCAAACACAGCACACAGACUCCUCACGCUGUCCCAGGAGAACAGAAAGGUGACAUGGUUGGAGGAGCAGCCGUAUCCUGAUCACCCAGAGAGAUUUGAACAAAGGGAAAUGGUGGUGUGUAGAGAGGCUCUGUCUGGACGCUGUUACUGGGAAGCAGAGUGGUCUUUUAGGUCUUACAUGGGAAUGACAUAUAAAGGAAUCGACAGGAACAAGGGGGAUGAUGACGGUGUGCUUGGAUCCAAUGACAAGUCCUGGAGUCUGCACUGCUCUGAUAAAAGUUACUCUGCCUCCCACAAUAAGAGUGCCACUGACAUACCUUUCCCCUCCUCCGGCUCCCACAAAGUAGGAGUGUAUCUGGACUGGCCGGCCGGCACUCUGUCCUUCUACAGUGUCACCUCUGACACACUGACCCACCUCCACACAUUCCACACCACGUUUACUGAGCCCCUCUAUGCAGGGUUUUGGCUUCUUGAGUGCAACACCUCAGUGUCCCUGUGUAAGGUAAAAUAGCUUCCUGUGUCCAGUGGAGUCUUCUUCAAGGAGUUCAAACUCCUACUCAAGGGGUUCAAACUCCUAUUCAAUGCAUAGUCCUGGUGCCCAAAAACGCCAAGGUAAUUACAUUUACUUUUGAUACUUACGUGUAUUUAAAACCAAAUACUUUUACUCAAGUAUGACAAUUGGGUACCUUUUCCACCACUUGAUUGUCUGUGCAAAUAGUUUAAAGGUGCAGGUAGAUGACAAUUACAGUAUGCGCAGAUAGACAGCCAGGGGUUGGCUGUUCAACAGUCUUAUGGCCUGGAGGUAGAAACUGAGUCAUGUUCUAUUAACGUAUCUUGACUUUUGAUCAACUAUGACAAUUGAGUACUUUUUCCACCGCUGCUAAAUGACUAUCGCCCUGUAGCACUCACAUCUGGAGCCAUGAAAUGCUUUGAAAGGCUGGUCAUGGCUCACAUCAACACCUUCAUCCCAGAAACCCUGGACCCACUCCAAUUCGCAUACAGAUCUACAGAUGACGCAAUCUCUAUUGCACUCCACACUGCCCUUUCCCACCUGGACAAAAGGAACACCUGCGUGAGAAUGCUGUUCAUUGACUACACCAUAGUUCCCUCCAAGCUCAUCACUAGCUAAGGAUCCUGGGACUGAACACCUCCCUCUGCAACUGGAUCCUGUACUUUUUGACGGGCCGCCCCCAGGUGGUGAGGGUAGGCAACAACACGGGGGACACUCAGGUGUGCGUGCUUAGUUCCCUCCUGUACUCCCUGUUCACCCAUGACUGUGUUGCCACGCAUGACUCCAACACCAUCAUUAUGGUGGUGGUAGGCCUGAUCACCAAUGGCAAUGAGACAGCCUAUAGGGAGGAGGUCAGAGACCUAGCAGUGUGGUGCCAGGACACAACCUCUACCUCAACGUGAGCAAGACAAAGAAGCUGAACGUGGACUACAGGAAAAGGAGGGCCGAGCACGCCCCCAUUCACAUCAACGGGGCUGUAGUGGAUCGGGUCGAGAGCUUCAAGUUCCUUGGUGUCCACAUCACUAAGGACCUAUCGUGGUCCAAACACACCAAGACAGUUGUGAAGAGGGCAUGACAACACCUAUUCCCCCUCAGGAGGCUGAAAAUAUGUAAUACAAAUUAUUUUGUAUCUGAUCCUGUCUAUCCAGAAAUAGUAUGACAUGCCAUAAUCUUUUUGUCCAGGCAGAAUCAGAUACAUGGUCUACUACACAUACUGAGACAGAGGGGUGCUGUUUCGCUUGCUCUGAUGCUUUCUCCAGUGAUAGUUUCAGCAGACAGGAAGAAGCAAAGCGAGAAGGCUCACUCUAGCCAAAUUCUGUCCAGAAUAAGGCCAAUGCAUUUGUAUGGGCAUAUUAUGCAGACCUAAGCUUGUAGCCUGCCUUCCUGCCAAUGUAGCCUGCCUUUGGGACAAUGACUGAGAUUGAUGCGUCUCAGUCAAAUUUAAUGAUCAAUAUUUCAAUCUUUUAUUGGACGGGCAAGGAGGUAUGGUAAUGGUGGGCCAGGCCCCCUAGGGCCCGCUGAUAAUGUCGGCCCUGGUCGUUAGCAUUUUGGCAUGUUUUUCUAGAUUUAAACAUAAAACAACAUUUAUAAAGCAAACAUUAUCCCUUUGAUCUAGAACAGCAAAUAUUUUAAUUGUUUAAGCGUAUGUUGCAGAACAGUGAUUACAAUAUAUUUGAAAAAAUUGAUAUUAAGGGGGUUAGCCAUCGAUGAUGGAGUUGACAAGCCGCUGACGGAGUUGAUAACAGAUACACAAAACAUAUUUUUGCUUCUAAAAAUAAAAGUUCAAUACAAACAUAUGGAAAAUUAUAUGGAAAUAUGGAAAAUUAUUAAUUAAAAAAUCCCACUAAAAACAUAGCCAUUCUAUCAGAUCUUUCAGCACUCUGAUGGAGUUGACAUUAGACAGAAAUCUGACAGUUUGUGUUUUACAGAGUGGUAUAUACAGUAGAAAUGUAGUUUUUCCUCAGUUGCUUUAUGACUCUAAAACCUAAUUAAAUGUGACAUAUUUGAACCAAAAUGCAUAUUCUAUCAGGCAGAUAGAGUUGACCGUUUAUGGUUAUGACCAUGGUGACUCCAAUAUUGUUUGUUUAAACCUACCAAAAGUAGAGAACGUUCCAGAUGAUGAGUUGUCUUGUUGCACUACAUGUAAUGAGGACAUGAACAAGGGGUCCUUAUGGUAUAGCUGACCCUGCUCAUUAGACAAAUCUGAUGGAGUUCACCAAAUAUCCGUACAUAUCUUUUAGGAAUCAAAGUUUUGAGAUAAAUAUUUUUUUUUUUUAAGUCACAGGGGUAUUGCAUGAAACUAUAUACGAUCAUUUUUCAGUUAAUAUCCAUUAUUGACCGUUUUUAGAAUUGUAAACACUUUUUUGGAGAGUUUUGAAUUUGGAUCCUUUGCUCUGGACAAGGGCAUUUCCAGGUAUAUAGCCGACAUGGAAAUGAAUAAUAUUGAAAGUAUUUAGAAAUUUCGAAAAACAAAUAUUUUCCCUUGUAAAAAUAAAGUUUCCCUUUCCUUUUUGGACGGUUGUGGGCCCCAGAACUUGUGGGCCCCCUUGCCUUGCGGGAGCUGCGGGGGGGUGUGCUAUGCCAGUGACUGGAUGGCAAAUGGCCCAGGAACACAAGGAAAACACAAAGGACAAAGAUUUAAGGGCCAGUACGCCCUUCCGGCCUCUGAGGGGCUAAAAUGUAUCUCUCUCUCUCACACAGUAUCCAGAUAACUGAUUACUGGGAUGCGUGAUAGAAUAAUACUACUGCAGCCAUGUCUGGUAUCUAUUUGAAACAUAUUCCCUGAAGAAGACUCUGAUGCUAUCUCUAUGGAUGGAUGUAUGAUCUAUGUGGUAACUUGUCUGGAUUUAUCGACCUGUAAAGUUGUAAGAUUUAUCCGUAUUUUGUUUUGUUAUGUUAUCUACUUUUGUCUAGUGUUCAGCACAACUAAGAAGCUUCGUUUGAUGGAGAACACUGAAUCCAGCAAAUAUCUAUUUGAGGAUCAACCAUCCAUCAGUUCUUGAGUAAGAAGUAUCUUCACUGUAUAAUGCUGAAUAGUCUUGUUGAUACAUUUCAAUGUUAAACAAAUUACUUUAAACACUACAAUUAAAAUGGCAGAGUAGCAGCAGCAUAGAGGCGGGAAUGCAAAUAUUCUGGGUAGCCAUUUGAUUAGCUGUUCAGGAGUCUUAUGGCGUGGGGGUAGAAGCUGUUUAGAAGCCUCUUGGACCUAGACUUGGCGCUCCGGUACCGAUGGCCGUGCAGUAGCGAAGAGAACAGUCUAUGACUAGGGUGGCUGGAGUCUUUGACACUUUUUAGGGCCUUCCUCUGACACUGCUUGGUAUAGAAGUCCUGGAUGGCAGGAAGCUUGGCCCCGGUGAUGUGCUGGGCCGUACACACUACUCUGUAUAGUGCCUUGCGGUCGGAGGCCGAGCAGUUGCCAUACCAGGCAGUGAUGCAACCCGUCAGGAUGCUCUCGAUGAGGAUCUGAGGACCCAUGCCAAAUCUUUUCAGUCUCCUUGGGGGGAAUAGGUUUCAUCGUGCCCUCUUCACAACUGUCUUGGUGUGCUUGGACCAUGUUAGUUUGUUGGUGAUGUGGACGCCAAGGGACUUGAAGCUCUCAACCUGCUCCACUACAGCCCCGUCGAUGAGAAUGUUGGCGUGCUCUCUGACCUCCUCCCUAUAGGCUGUCUCAUCGUUGUCAGUGAUCAGGCCUACCACUGUUGUGUCAUCAGCAAACUUAAUGAUGGUGUUGGAGUCAUGCCUGGCCAUGCAGUCAUGAGUGAACAGGGAGUACAGGAGGGGCCUGAGCACGCACCGCUGAGGGGCCUCCGUGUUGAGGAUCAGCAUGGCGUAUGUGUUGUUACCUACCCUUACCACCCGGGGGUGGCCCGUCAGGAAGUCCAGGAUCCAUUUGAAGAGGGUAGUGUUUAGUCCCAGGGUCCUUAGCUUAGUGAUAAGCUUUGAGGGCACUAUGGUGUUGAACGCUGAGCUGUAGUCAAUGAAUAGCAUUCUCACAUAGGUGUUCCUUUUUUCCAGGUGUGAAAGGGCAGUGUGGAGUGCAAUAGAGAUUGCAUCAUCUGUGGAUCUGUUGGUGCGGUAUGCAAAGUGGAGUGGGUCUAGGGUUUCUGGGAUAAUGGUAUUGAUGUGAGCCAUGACGAGCCUUUCAAAACUUCUUGGCUACAGAUGUGAGUGCUACGGGUCGGUAGUCAUUUAGGCAGGUUACCUUAAUGUUCUUGGCACAGGGACUAUGGUGGUCUGCUUGAAACAUGUUGGUAUUACAGACUCAGACAGGGAGAGGUUGAAAAUGUCAGUGAAGACACUUGCCAGUUGGUCAGCGCAUGAUCUGAGUACACGUCCGGGUAAUCCAUCUGGCCCUGUGGCCUUGUGAAUGUUGACCUGUUUAAAGGUCUUUCUCACAUCGGCUGAUGUGAACAGCUGGUGCUCUUAUGCAUGUUUCAGUGUUACUUGCCUCGAAGCGAGCAUAGAAGUUAUUUAGCUCGUCUGGUAGGCUUGUAUCACUGGGCAGCUCUCGGCUGUGCUUCCCUUUGUAGUCUGUAAUAGUUUGCAAGCCCUACCACAUCCGACGAGCGUCAGAGCCGGUGUAGUACGAUUCGAUCUUAGUCCUGUAUUGAGGCUUUGCCUGUUUGAUGGUUUGUCGGAGCAGGGGUGAAAAUCUGAUAUCAACUUUGGAGGGGACAAGUACAUGACAUUUUCUCAAGAGCAAUUCCUGAGGGGGACACCAAAAGUAGGGCUGUAACACAUAGCCUACAUUGUAAUAUGUUAAAUGUAUAUUGAGGAACCAUAAUUACUACUACUGGAUAAUUGAUAGGUAGUUAACUGGAGGGUUGUCCCAACUUGUUCAAAUGUUUAAAUCGUUAUAAUACUACUACUAAUAAUAGUUAUAGCAGUGUUCCUUAUCAGUCCAGUAUGUAUUUACAACCAGCAAUACCUAGAAAGGCCAGUAGGUGGCAAUGGUACUGUACACUGUGUAUCGGUGCAGUUUUCGUAAAUAUUGUGAACAUGGUGCAAUCUCAUCUAAAAGAAUCUCCAUUGAGAACGCUCACAAAGUUGGUCUCAGUAUUGAAUUGACCUUUUUUACUUUUUCUGAUACAUUUAUAUAGUCAUUAAAUAUGUGCCACUGGCCUGAGUCUACUACAAUAGAUUUACAAGAACAAAAAACUCAAAAUAAGUACAGUUCUAAAAGUGAAAUAACUACUUCAAUGAAUAACCCAAAUAAAUCAACCAAAAUAUCUUUCUAAAAUACUUAUUUAUUGUUCAGUCGGUGUCUCAACUCUUCAAACAACAGCUAUGGACAAGUAUGUCACACAAAGUAUGCCAUUUUAAAUAAAAUAAAAUGAAAUAAAUAAUUA